GCCACUCGUAGCUAUCCAGACAGCAAUUGCAUUAUCACUCUCCAUAUCUCCGCUCCAUCCUCAACCAGGCUCACAACCAAAGCAAGACACCACCAUCUUCAACUUGCAAAUGGAGACUUCCCCACUCGCCCUUCCCUCGACCCUUCUUCUAAUAUCUCUCUACUUCUUCUUCCACCACCUCCUCCGCUGCCGGAAUGCCCCCAAGCUGCCGCCAGGUCCGCCCCCACUGCCCGUCAUCGGGAACCUCCACCAGCUCGGCAACCUCCCCCACCGUAGCCUCCACAGCCUCGCCAAGUCCUACGGCACCAUCAUGUUCCUCCGCCUCGGCAACAAGCCGACGGUGGUGGUCUCGUCGCCGGAGGCAGCCGAGCUUGUCCUCAAGACCCACGACAGCAUCUUCUCGAGUCGCCCAAGCGUGGAUGCCCUGUACCACAUGUCAUACGGCAACAAGGGGAUGGCGUUCGCGGAGAGCGGUGCGUACUGGCGGGGCCUGAGGAGGCUGUGCAUGCUGCAGCUGCUGAGCCCGGUGAAGGUGGAGUCGUUCGCGCCGAUGAGGAGGGAGGAGCUGUGGGGGAUGGUCGGGAGGGUGACGGCAGCAGCAGCGGCGCGCGAGGCGGUGGACGUGAGCGCGGAGGUGGGGCAGCUGAUGGGGGACUUGGCGUGCAGGAUGAUAUUGGGGUGCAGCACGAGGGUUAAGUUCAACUUGAAGCCUGUGAUUAACGAGGCUCGGAACUUGGCCGGGGCUUUCAAUUUGGCGGACUAUGUGCCUCUUCUUGGUGCUCUCAAUCUUCAGGGAAUGACUCGGCGUGCAAAAGCUGUUAAUCGAGCCAUGGAUAAGGUUUUCGAGGACAUCAUCAGAGAACACGAGGAAGAUGCGACCGGAAAAUAUAAGGGUGACUUUAUGUACACAUUGCUCGCCGGCAUGGGCCAUCCCAUAAAUAGCUCGCAAGACGAGCAGGUUCACAUCAUGGGUGGGACCAACGUCAAGGCCAUAGCCCUCGACAUGAUCGCCGCGUCGUACGAGUCCUCGUCGACCGCGAUCGAGUGGGCCUUGUCCGAGCUGAUCCGCAACCCACGCGUGAUGAAGCACCUCCAGCAAGAGCUCGAAACUGUCGUCGGGUUGGACCGGACCGUCGAGGAGUCGGAUCUGCCAGAGCUUAAUUAUUUGGACAUGGUGGUGAAAGAGAGCUUCAGGCUGUAUCCGCCGGGCCCGCUCCUGGUCCCACGCGAGUCCAUGGAGGAUGUCGAGAUUGCCGGGUAUUACAUCGCGAAGAGGACUCAGGUCAUCGUGAACGCGUGGGCCCUUGGGAGAGACACCAACGCUUGGGCCGAGAAUGCGGAGGAGUUCUUCCCGGAGAGGUUCGCGAACAGCGGCAUGGACGUCAAAGGGCGAGACUUCCAGCUCAUACCGUUUGGGUCGGGUCGGAGAGGCUGCCCGGGGAUGAACUUGGGCCUCGUUAAUGUUCGCCUUGUUUUGGCCCAGUUAGUGCAUUGUUUCGACUGGGAGUUACCGGAGGGGACGUCGCCGAGCGAGCUGGACAUGAGCUAGGACUUUGGGUUGUCAAUGCCCAGAGCGAAGCACUUGAUCCUGAGGCCGAGUUAUCGCCUGCUUGUUUGAAAUUUGGCAAGAUUUGUUAUACGUUACCGGUCAAAUUGAUGUCUGAGAUUUCCUUUGACAAGUUUUUUGUGCUAAUUUGAACAACAAAGUACUUUAGACUGAUCGAACGUUCUAGGCUGCAUCUGCCUCUCUUAAGAGUCAACUUAUGUGCAUCUUAACAUUAGCCCAUUCUAUAUAAAGACGGGAUUUACUA